CACUUUCAAAGCUCCCAGCCGGCGUUCAUUGGUAUAUAAGCACGGUCUCCCCGGAUCGCUAAUCACAGUAGAACUUGUAUUCACUCUGUAAACAUGAACUGUCUGAAGAUCUGCGGCUUUUUCUUUGCGCUGAUUGCGGCUCUGUCAACGGCGGAGGCUGCCACCCAAGUCAUUAAUGCUGGCGGACAUACGUUGAUUCAAACUGAUCGCUCGCAGUAUAUUCGCAGAAACUGAAAACGAACUCAAAUUGAUUAUUAAUUGAUUAAGGAAAUAAAGAUGUUUUAAAGCAAAA